ACCCGAACAUACUAAGAAUCAACUAAGUCACUCUCUCUGGGAGUGACUUCAUCAACGCCUCUCUGUCUCCACUUGGCAACAACGUCACAACGGCGUCCUGGCUACACUCCUUACUGAAGAAUCCAAACACCACCACAAUGCCUUCCGUUUCUCGACACGUUAUGCCUACGGUCAUUCACUCCAAGCCCGUCUCCUCCAAGAAGGAGCGGGUAGUUGGCUUCAUGAAGGACCCCGUCCAGUCUGUCUCACGCCCAGUACAUAACACUGAGAGCUGGGCACUGUACAACUUCGAGAUGCACGCUCGCAAGUGUGCAUACUGCCAUGACCCAUACGAAGUCCACCGCAGCCACGACCAGCUCUGUGAACUCGGACACCGCCUGGCUCAGAACGUCGCUUCCUACAUCUACAACAAGGAGGGCAAGUCUUUCUCCACCAAGGAAGAGGACAACAAGAUAGUUCAGGUGGAGAUCCCAUCUGGUUACAUUGAAGUCAGCGGCCUCUUGAGGGCCAUUGAGCGCAGCUUAUGCCACAGGUCACGCCGACCUUUUGUCUCUAUGGACCGCAGCUAUCACGUCGCUCCUCGCACACCUACCCUCCCCGUGCGACAAAAGUCCGUGAAGGUUGAGCACGACCCCAAGCCAAAGACCAAGUCUUCCCGGCCACGUUCUGGCGAGGUUGUUGACUGGCCAGACAAGGUCGAGAUCAGCAACUCCAGCUCUAGGCGUGGGUCUCUGUACGAGGAGGAUCUAGCAAAGAAGCGACGCAGCGCGAAGUACAAUGUCGAAGUCCGAGAGCCUUCCGCUCGUGAUCUGCGCGAGCACCGCCUUUCUGGCUACUACCGCUGAACGAUCACAUGAAUGUACGACGCACGCUACAACUGAACCCUGACGCAAGUUUGGUACGCCAACGACACACAAUCACCUGCCACGGUAACGGCCAUCUGCACAGCAACGCCCGCUGAAGCCUCCGCACCAAUCCGCGACGACCGCUGCACAUGCACACUACGAUUACAGUUUUGCUUGCAUUUCACAAUAAGCUUUGCUGCUAUUUGGAACACGUGGUUUGGCGCAAGGAUAAGGUUUACCCUGAAAACGGAUAACAAAGGCUUUGCGAGCACAUGGUACACUCCACCUUCGAGGUGUUGAGGGGAGGACGGAUGACGAAGGAUAUGAUGUAAGAAAGCAAGAAGGCAAUCAGUCUAGAGGAGAUUACGAAAAAUAUGUUUGACGAACUCGAAAACUUGGACUUCACAUCACUGUGCCAUCAUGCAUUUCCUCAUCUGUGAUCCGU